CGUUUCGUAAAAGGUCCAAAUGUUAUCGGAUCAUUUACCUUGAGGAUAAUUCUGUAUUUUCUCUCAGUACCCAUUACUUGCCCGCCAACAUGUCUUCAAACAGCGUAUCUGUUAUUUGACCUUGUCAAUUUGCUAGUCUCAGUAUCUUUUAACUUGACUUUGAUGCCUUUUAGAGAUAAAAACAAAGCUUUUUAAGUCCAUGCGACAAGAUAAAAUAAGCAAUCGAGCGAGUUCAAGAAUAGCGUGUGCGUAAAACGAGGAAGUUGUGGGCUUCUUAUUCCAAUGGAGUACUUCUUUCUUUGUAUGGUUCUCUUCUCCGGAUCUGUCAUUGGUUACGCUAGAUCUUCAGAGAAGAGCGAUACGAGGGUUCUGAGUCGACACAAGCGAUGGCUCUGGGGCGGCUGUGGUCUCAUCCCAUAUUGUGACAAGUGCCUGGAUUUCGACCGGUGCGUCAAGUGUCRAGACGGCUACAUGUUCAUGGAAUACUUUCCUCCCUCAAAGAGCGUGAGAUGUACCAAAAUCUGUCCUAAAGGGUACAAGAUUAAGACUAAAGGAAGACUCGGCCCUACGUGCGCCUUUACCAAGAAAGUUUGCAUGGUCCCACAUUGUUCAACGUGCCACCCCAGACGUACCAAUAGCUGCAAUAAAUGUGCCACAGGGUUUUAUUUACUGCGUACAUCGGUGAGAGAAAAUUCCAAAUGUGUACGAAGAUGCCCUAGGUGGUCUCGGCGUACUGUACGAAGUGAUGGAACACAUGAGUGUAAGCUACGUGGAACAGAGUGCCGAACAAAAGUUCCAAACUGUGACAUUUGUCUGGACAAAAUGUGGUGUAGAAAGUGCAAGAAUGGUUACAUGACAUUUUUUAACGAGUCAAACCUUACGAUGAUCUGUGUGGUGAAGUGUCCAUCCAAAUAUGCUGAGGUCAAGUCAGAGUAUUUUGGACAAUACUGUCAAAGACAGGAACAAAAGAAAGUAUGUCGAACUAUCCCAAACUGCAAGUACUGUCCAAAUGACGCCAGUUGUAAAAGCUGCUCAAAGAACUUUUUGAAAAUCAAGAUGUCGCUCUUCGAUGAGACAAAGUGCGUUUCUGCUUGUCCGAGGGGAUUUAGAAAGAUGAGAAAAAGGUGCAUCCCUUUGAAAAGACGCGGAUGUGAGGAUGAGUUUUGUAGCAUAUGUAAGCCAGGCUUGUAUCGUGUUACCAGAAGACUAUGCCGUAAGCGAUGUCCAAAAGGACACUAUACCGUGGGUACAGUGCGUAAACUAUGCUUAAAAUGUCCACGUGGAUGUAAGAAGUGUAUCAGUCUGCAACACUGUAUGAAGUGUACCAAGGGUUACGCAAAACUAACGAAUAAGGAUGGGACGGUAUGUAUGUCCCGAUGUCCGACCGGCUAUGAAAAAAUCUUAAACAGACGGCACAUUGGGGUUUGCAAACCUGUCAAAUGAACUCCUGCAAUUCGGCUGUGAUGAUUCCUAUAUCUAAGAAGUUAAUCGGCGAACCUUGGAACAACUUCUUUGCAAAUCAGGGAACGUGUCAAACUCACAGAUCGCUCGACUGAAUUAAUAUUUGGCUUAGCUUGUAGAUAUAGAGUUUUCUGGAGGCAGAAUAACUGGAUAGAAACCCUCGAUAUAUCAUAACUUCUUUAUUGCGAUAAAGGUUCAUUACAUGGUAUAAAAAAUGUUGUAAAAAUAUUAUAACAGAUCUAAACAAUUCAGUGAAGAAUUGAAUACAAAUAUGGUCUGGUUACAUAGACAACCGAGAUCCUUUGAAACAGAAUCAUCCAAUAUGGCUUAAAAUGCUUAAAAAAUAUUUUUCAAUCUGAAAUAACGAUGUAAUAGCUCUAGGAGUUAUAUUCAAAUGUAUGACUCGCGUAUUCCGCAAAUAUCCGCCAUCUUGAAUCGGCCUGAAAGCGAGACUGACAUGAAGUUGUUGAUCUUGAGCACGUAGCAACAGAAAGGCAUCACUACUAUAUACAUAGGACGGAAAUCUUUGCGAAUAGACAUUUUACUGAUACGGUGGUCAGGGGCGGAUCCAGGGGAGGGGGUGUACACCCUCCCUGGAUUAAAUUAAAUUUGUGCGCAGCGCCCCUCCCUGAACAAAAUCCUGGAUCCGCCACUGGUGGUCAUCUUGAACUAUGUGGUGCCGAGAGGGCAAACACGUAGAAAGUUUAUAAAGAAAAUAGAGUGGCGGGGUUCCCUGCUAACAGGGUCUCCUUUUCUUUUGCUGUGACUGAAUCGGUUUCGCACGUCCCGAAAAAAGAGAGAGAGAGAGAGAGAAAAAAGGAGCCUCUGCCUUCAGGGAAAAGUGGCAAGGUUAGGUUAUCGAAUCAUUUGAAGCCUUGAUGUUUCGCAUAUUGUUCCAACUAGCUUCUGAUUAAAAUACGUAAGGUUAUAUAUAAAAAGACAUCCGGACAGCUUUGCAGUCUAUAAAUUUUCCAAUAUUUGCCCCCUCGACAUCCCAUAUUGUCUUAAAUAAAACAAUCGGCCCAAAAUUGCCCUAUUUAACCAAACCAAAUCGGCAAAAAGCAAAAUGCCUAGUUUCUUUUAAUUGAUAUGUCUGCGUAUGACGAAGUAUUAGGCUUUGUUUUGAUUCGUUACGACUCAAGAUAAGCUGCGCAUUCAUACAGCCCCGUAACCAGAGCUCUUUGAUCUCGAGAGGAACGAGACCGAGGGGCUCUGGGUACGAAACUGUGCAUUCAGGUCGACUUAAAAUGUUGGCCCGAGGAAAGAAUUCCACAAAGAUUUUUAAAAUCUAGUCACUGUUAAGAAAAGAAGAAAAUAAAGCUUAAUUCCAGAUAAUAAGAAACAACAUUGACUAACAAAUAUCUUAGAUACGCUGGAGUACAUUUACUGAUUUGCAUGCUGGGAGUUCAUUUAUUGUGUUAUUGUCUUACAGUCAAAACGGUUCAAGCUUACCCUUAUAGAUUACAAUAAUGGAUUCAUUAUUCAAAUAUUAAAUUUUAUUAUAUAAUUACCAAUGAAAUAUCUAUUUUU